AUGAUAGCAAUUCUGUCGUAUUGCGGUAGCUCAAUCCUCAUGACUGUGACCAACAAAUAUGUAUUGGGUGGCCGAGACUUCAACUUGAAUUUCUUCCUUCUUUGUGUUCAGAGUGUCAUUUGUCUUGCCACAAUCGAGGGCUGUAAAUAUGGUGGUCUCAUCACGUAUCGCGAGUUCAACAUGGCUCAAGCCAAAAAGUGGUUUCCCAUCUCCGCGCUUUUGGUCGGCAUGAUAUAUACUGGAUCGAAGGCACUGGCAUAUCUCACUAUCCCAGUCUACACUAUCUUCAAGAACUUGACCAUCAUCUGUAUUGCUUAUGGCGAAGUUCUCUGCUUUGGAGGCUCUGUAACUCGCAUGGCACUGGUAUCGUUUGGCUUGAUGGUCCUCAGCUCCGGUAUCGCUGCUUGGGCAGACGUCAAGACUCCUGCGCAACCGGGAGAUGCGGCCGGUGAUGGCGGCUUGUUCUCAAUGCUCAAUGCAGGGUAUGUCUGGAUGGCGCUGAACUGCAUCUGCAAUGCAGUUUUUGUCAUUGCCAUGAAAGUGCGUAUCAAGUUAACGAAUUUCAAGGAUUUUGACACCAUGUACUACAACAAUCUGCUGAGUAUUCCCAUUCUGUUGGUCUGCUCGCUCUUGCUAGAGGACUGGUCUUCCGCCAAUGUCGCUUUGAACUUCCCAGCCGAUAACCGCACGCCAAUCAUCACAGCAAUUGUCAUAUCUGGGUUAUCCUCGGUCUUCAUCUCGUACUGCUCUGCUUGGUGUGUACGCGUCACUUCAUCGACCACAUAUUCGAUGGUCGGUGCUCUCAACAAACUACCGCUCGCUAUCAGUGGUCUACUGUUCUUCAACAAUCCUGUCACGCUCGGCGGCUGCAGUGCUAUCGCACUUGGAUUUGUUAGUGGUCUGGUGUAUACCUACGCGAAGAUCAACGAGAAGAAGCCCGAAAAGGCUGAUGUCUUGCCGAUGACCAAGAUGCCCACAACAAGGGAGACCUGA